AUGAUCACGACGGCUCCGUUUUGGACCGGUGGCGUAAAGGUACCUCAUCCAAGUGUAAAGAAGAUCGUUUGCUUUGAUCGGAUUUUAGGGUUUGGGUGUUCGGUGCGAACUCUGGCCAGUCUCCCUCCGAGGGAGGAGGUGGUGAGGAAAGCGUCUAAAGCGAGUGACUCGGGAGCUUCUUUCAAACGAUUCAUGGCGUCGACACACCUCGCGACUUGUGGAGAAGAAUUGCUUUGCUCUCUCGCAGACUUGGCCGCUCGAAUUGCUGCUCGAAAAGCUCUAAGAAAUCUUGCUUGUUCAUGGUUUCUCGUUAUCGACUUUCUCUGUAUCGAGAUUUUCAACGAAAGAUGUAUGGAUUGUUGGAGAGUGUGGUCGCUUGUUGCGGUUUAUAUAGGCAACACCUGA